AAACAAACAACCUAACAAGUUCAUGAUCCCCCCUACGUAAUUCAAUAACUCCUUAUUAAUAGAUCAAUAAAUUAAUUUUGUAGUUGAGUUAUCAGUUGCUAUUUGUUUUGAACGCGCCUAAUUGAUACUAAUUGGAACGGCGACCGCAAAAACCUCCUUUACUUUUCCCCAAUUCCUUUACUGAGCAAGUGAUAACUGUGCAGCAUUCAUCGAAUUCUUUCCAACUACAAAGAUUCACUUCUAUUAUCUUCAUGGAUCCCGAGGUUGGAUUGAGGCUACUCUUUUCUCCAUUGGUUUCUAAUAUUGUUGUGCGGACAGCAUGUUGUUCUGUGGGGGUUGUUUUACCUGUUUAUUCCACAUUUAAGGCAAUUGAGGGAAGAGAUGAAAAUGAGCAGAAAAAGUGGCUACUAUAUUGGGCAGCUUAUGGGUCUUUCAGUGUUGUUGAGUUGUGCACUGAUAAGUUUCUCCACUGGUUUCCACUGUAUUACCACAUGAAGUUUGCAUUUCUUGUUUGGCUUCAGCUCCCUACUACUGAUGGGGCGAGGCAAAUGUAUAUGACUCAUCUCCGUCCUGUCCUAUUGAAGCAUCAGGCCAGGCUGGACCAAGUAGUUGGAUUUUUUUAUGGUCAAACGUCCAAGUUUGUUAGCAUGCAUCAAGCUGAAAUCCAGUUCGUGAGGGCACUUCUGAUGAAGACUUUUGUAUCAGCGAACCAGUUUGCUAUGGGUUUUAUUCACCCUCAGCGAGGGCAUGUGAGUGGUGCAAUUGAAGGACGAAGACAGCAAUUUGACACUUCUGAUUCUGGAGAUGAAGAUUGAUGCUUAAUUAGGAACACUUCAUCAUUGCAAUGGUUUUCUUAGAUAAUAGAUCUAUUCUGCAUAACGAGUCUCACAGUAUUCAUUUUUAGGUCUCUUACAAGUUCCCAAAUUGAUUUUCUAGUGGUUUGUACAUAGUUGCUCUCCUUCGCUGAAGAGACAUUCUCUUAGUUGUUCAAAUGCAGUUAAGAUCUUUUCGCUCUUCAUUCUCUAGGUUGAAAUAAUUACUACUAAAUAGUAUACUAGCAAAAGGGCAUAUAUGUUUC